GGUUCGGCCUUGCUCUUCUCCCUGAGGCGGCCCCGGAUGGCUCUGGGGGCAUUUGCGGAACUCCGCUCUCUUUAGGACCCAGGGGAAGUCACUUACCCCACGCCUAUCCCCUGGGCUAGUUCCUGCCUUCCGAGGUGGGAAGUCCCCGGAAAGGUGACGGCGAUACCCGUGCCCGGUACCCAGGCCAGAAGUCGCUUGUGCCCUGGUCUCAGGACCACCUCUCUUCUCUGCUACCCCCAGGGUUUACUCUCAGAUUGGAUUACCAUGAAACUGCACCAGAAGUCCGUGCUCAGUUUCUUCCGUGGAUGCAGAACACAGGCUCCAGACCGGGAGGGCAUUUUGCUAAAGAAGGGAGCCCGAAAUACCAGCUAUCAACGCCGCUGGUUCAUCCUCCGGGGAAACCUCCUCUUCUACCUGGAGAACCAAGCGGACCACACACCCCUGGGCCUCAUUCUCUUGGAAAACUGCCAGGUGGAGCCACGCCUUGGGGCCACAGAACCCCAUGCCUUUACCAUCCUGACCCCCAGGGUUGAGGGCACAGGUGGGCGGGCCUACAAGCUGGCAGCAGAAAAUCAGGAAGAGCUGGGAGCCUGGCUGUGGGCGCUGGCUGGGGCGAGCUGCAGGCAGCUGGUGGGGCUCCUACCCACCCUGGAGGCCCAGUACCGGGAGCUCUGCCAGGCAGCUGGCCAAGAGCCCAGCUCACCCCCAGAGGGCUGUGGCUUCCUAGCCACCCUCAGUACCCCCUCCAGCUUCCAGGAGUUGCACGAGCACUUUGGGAAGGAGAUCCGGGUGCUGCAGGUGGUACGUCGAAGGCCCCAGGCCAGUAACAAUGGAAGCAACAGAUCCCAGGCAGAGAAGGAGCCGGAGCCCAACAGCUGUUGAUGAGGGACUGAAAGAUGGACCAAAGGCCAAGAGGUACCUACCUGCCAAGAGCAGCCAACUGCUUCAGUCGACACCCAGAGCCCGGCUUACUCCACUGUUUUCCACCCCCUGUCCAGUCCUUACUCUGCCCCCCAUCAUCAAAUAACAAAGCAGGAGACAAGCCC